UUUGCAUCGAUCUUAGUCGGCUGGAGCAGUAUCCACACCUAAUGCUGGACAGAGCAUGGUUCUUAUCCAAAAGCAAUACACUGGUAGGUGCCAACGGACCAAGAAAUUUAUGCCGGUCUUGACUUUUGUCUGCGUCGUAGUGUUCUUUGCGCUGUACGUAGACGAUGUUGGGCCAGGCCACGACACGCUUUUUGAGCGGACAUCGCACGCCGACUUGAAAGAAAACUUGUCACGAUCAAAUCAUGUAAAAUCAUUGAAUGGCGCGGAUAUUAGUGCUACAAAUUCUGAAAGCUACUACCUUUCACUCCGAGAUUUGACGCCAGAUGAGCGCUCUCCAAAAGCCGGCGUGCGGCAUAUGGUGAACCCUCCUCAGGGAGGAAAAGUCACAUUGGUGCAUUGCGACUCUACGGCAGGCCCGUGGAGCAUUGCGGUGCAUCAUAAUUGGGCACCAUUAGGUGCCCAGAGAUUCCUCGACAUGGUCGAGUCUGGUCAUUUCGAUCACAAAGUACCACUAAUGCGAUGCGUGAAAAAUUUCCUAUGUCAAUUCGGCUUGAACGGUCCAGCCGGCAAUCCCUUUAAACCGUCAAUAGCGGACGAUCCUAACUGGCUCCCAGAAGGCAAAGACUACCGCCAAAACGAAGCCGGCAUCAAACGAUUUCAAACAGGUUACAUGGCGUAUGCUGGAGCAGGUCCUCGCUCUCGUAGUCUCCAAUUGAUUGUGGCACUUCAUCCCAGCGGGCCACUUGGUGGUGGUUCUCCAUGGGAAGUCCCGUGGGGAGAAAUUGUGGGUGCGCACUCGUUCGAUACACUCUCCAAAAUAUACACGGGUUACGGGGAAAACGGGCCUGCACAAGGCAAACUAUGGAAAGAGGACGCAUUGGAAAUGGUUGAGCGAGAUUUUCCUGAGCUGGAUCACAUUCAAAGUUGUCGAGUUAUUGACGAAGAAUCACCCAGCUAG